CCCUUUUCUUUCAUGCGGUGAAAGAAACUCAGAUUCGUUACAUUACACAAACAAGGUUCAGGCUUGAUUGUGCGACCAGAUCCCCUUUAGCCCGAUUCCGUCAUCCUGGCAUCGUAUUAGCUCAGGAUGGUGAAAUAAGCCAAUGACUGUAAAAAAUGCUAAUUUGUACGCAAUUAUCAGAUGGAGUAUUUAAGCUCAAGUACCGUGGGGGUCCCUUUGGUUUCUUUCUUCCCCAUACCAGACCGUGGGGGACCAGAGAAACUCGUCCAAUCGCCCAAAGCAUAUUUGAUCAUUGUGCAGACGUCUCCCACCUAACGGACCACUUGAAAUCAUGGCUGCAACCGCGAUCGUGCCUGUCCUAUCGGAGGCUCAGUUCAAUAUUGAGGCUUCCACGGUGGCACCCGACAUCACGGGACCGAGUGUCCAUGUUUCUCUUCCACUUGAGGAUACGCAUGAUGAUAGUCAGAACUUCCUUGUCGUAUCUCCUUAUGAAGAAGUGCCACAUUUGCUGGAUCUUCGAACUCUUGAUACCAAUAAUCAACUCUUGGCAAGAGCAUUGGUAGGGCUGAAGUGUUUGAGGGACGACUACGCCACCGCAAGAUAUGUUGAUAUUUUCAACUGGGCUGAAGUUGUUGAGGAUGUGAGGCAACUAGCCACUGCAUCGAAGCGAAACUUCAAAGAAGCGUCGUACUUCAUCGUUGUAUUUCGCUCAAGGAUACCCCCUGAAACAAAAUACGAAGACCUUGGAGUUCUUGACAAAGCGGCGCAUGCUGAGGCCACGAAAAGUGGCGGCUUCUUGAAGUCUGGACUCCCUAUCUUGGUACUAUACAGUACUGACAUGGACAGGUAUUGGUUUGGCUCUCCUGACGGUGAAGGAAGGAACCUUGCAACAUGCGUGUGGCGCAGUCAAGAGGAUGCGAGAGUUGGAAGUAUUGGUGAAGCACACAAAAGGGCCGCAGGGGCCACCAGAAUGCUGUACACUGAAUGGAGAAUUGAGCGUUUGAAACUCAAAAUCAAAGACGGCGCGACAGCCUGGGAGAUGACGGAAUGGUAGAGGCGUGUUCAGUUGAGGAAUCAUCGUUGUUUUCUGAUCAUGACGUUUGCAGUUUGUGUGCUUGAGUUCGGCGCCUGGUAAUGGUUGGAGUGGGUAGACUUGCUUACACGAUAGAAAAAAAAUAAAGAAUAGAAACGUUUCAUUGCUGGAG